UGAAGACUGUCAUCAACUAAACCUGUGCGAGAUGAAUAAGUGCGGAAAAUUCAUUUCUUUCAACCCAUUCUUGAUCUAGUCNCCACAGUUAACGAGCGUGGUAAUGCAGACUGUCAUCAACUAAACCUGUGCGAAAUGAAUAAGUGCGGAAAAUUCGUUUCUUUCAACCCAUUCUUGGUCUAGUCGGAUUUUCAAGCCCUUCACUCCGGAUGCACACUGCUAUUGUCUUGGUGCUCGGAUGAACCAAUGAUAGUCUCCUCCCGGUCUUAGCCCAAUCAAGUUCAUUUUCAGCCUGGCAGAAGAAAUUUCCAGAAGGAUUAAUACUUACUCAGGCCAAUAAAAAAAUAAUGGCCCAUAAUUUUGGACAACAUGACGACUUGGGUGAGAUGCAACCAUUCUCUGUCACCGGAGUUGGCCGAUCGACUGCGAAACCACCGACGGCGCCAAAUGGAACUGCACACAAAAAGUCCAAAAGUACUCCAAAAUCCAAUACAGCAUUCGCUCCGUCAAAUGAUAUCAGUGGUGGAUCGGGAGAGGAACGUUUUGAUGCCCGCUUCAAGGUGUUAUUACUCGGAAAUUCGGGCGUUGGAAAAACCUCCAUUCUCAGAACUCUAAUGGGAGAGAAGUUUAAUCCUGGGACGAUUUCCACAAUCGGCAUUGACCUCGCCAAAAAACUGUUUAUCGUCGAAAACCACCGAAUUCAGCUAGAGAUUUGGGACACAGCCGGUCAAGAGCAAUAUCAUUCCAUUGUCGCAUUUCAUUUUCGGGGCGCCAAGGCCUUCAUUGUCAUGUAUGACGUGACGCAACCGAAGACUUUCGAACAAAUUCGGAAAUACUGGCUGCGAUCAGUCGACGAUUACAUGGACGAGCCUAUACCGGUGUUUUUCGCUGCGAACAAGGCCGAUUUGGAAUCCAGUCGCGUGAUUAGCACACAAGACGGUGAAAAGUUAGCCUCCCAGCAAUGUGCUCAUGGGUUUUUCGAGACAAGUGCGAAAACCGGAUUGAAUGUUCAGAAUCUGUUCCAACGGGUCGCUGAAUCCAUGGUGUCCACAUGGGGUGCGCCCAAGGUCCGGAUCGCGUCUGCUAACUUGAGACACCUAUGGCGUCAGAGUGGUGUAUCCCUGAAUCUCAAGGGAUGUGUGUAUCAAGCUACAGUGUGGGCUGUUUUGCUGUAUGCCUGUGAGACUUUGCCUGUUGGAGCAGCGCAACUGAGACGUCUUCAGGUGUUCGACAAUCGUUGUCUCAGAACCAUAACUCAUGUGGAUUGGUGUCGGCGGCUCCUUAACGAGGCUAUUGGAAAGCGCGUUUUCCGUCGUGCAACGGGUACUUCGAUUGAAGAAUGUGUUCAGCACCAGAAGGAGCGCUGGUUGGGACAUGUGUUGUGUAGGCCGGACUAUCGUUUGCCGAAGAGAGUGCUGUUUCCCAUACCCAAUUCAGAGUGGCGUAAACAGAGAGGUGGCCAACCCUUGACUAGGCAGCGGAGAAUAAUGGAGAUUACGAAACGCUUGAGUGCUGUCAGUGCUACUCGCCUUCUAGGCUGGGAACCGUAA